UCGACCACCAACCACCCUCGUAUUACCAUCGACCACUUAUCAAGGUAGCAUUUAGCAUUACGCUGUUCGCACUGGAACACGCGAAGUGACACGUAUGGCCAACCCUUGAUAUUCAUCGUUUAUUCCUCAACUGCGAAAUAGCCGCGUGUGUGGGCGUUGUUCUCAUUGCGUGUGUAUUAUGUAUACAUGUGUACGCUGACAAUCGGCGAAAGGUGCUAUUUGUUCAGCUCGACGAAUGUUACAAACAUCCAAGAUGUUCCAGCCGAAGACCAUGCAUGAGAUGAUCAUGCCGCUGCUUGUGGCAAAUUUCGUUCUUGGGAUAGGAAUUUGGACCAGCAAGCGUGGAAGGAUCGUGAACAUCGGGUACUCCUUGUUCUGCUUGGUGAGCUAUUGCGUUCUGAUGAAGUUUGCGAUGGAUUAUCUGUAUAUCUCCUACACGCGUAAGGUAGAAAAGCUCGGCGUUAUGAUAUUCCAAGCGAUCUUCUACACCAACAUCUGUUGCACGUUGCUUCUUGUCCCUUGCGGUUGGUUGAGGAGAAAGUAUAUGAAAACGGCAAUAAUGCGGAUUGCGAUGUGCGAGAAAACAAUGGAGCAAAUGGGAUUACAGAAGAACUAUCGGAAAUUAUAUUUGAGUCAACUUUACGCGCUCGGAUCUGUUGUGCUGAUAUUUAUUAUAUUUGUUGUAAUUAAUUACGAUAGUAUGUUUGUAAAAGAAACAUCUAUACAUGUCAGAAUUAUUCUUAUACUCGCCGUAAACUAUCCCGUCGCUUUACUCUACGUGAGUGACGUGUCGUUUUUGCAUUGGGUCAGGUACGCAAAGAUUCGAUUCGAGCAGCUAAAUGGUCUGCUGCAACGCAUGUUAACUACUACCCCCGAUUCGCCGCAACAUAAAAGGGUGCUAAAAAUGAAGGACGAAUGGAAUAAGACCUUCACAUCCGCGACGCAACAGGAUCGUAGAUCUGAAGAGAACACUGACACAAUGAGGGCUGUCAAGCAAGUUCAUCUAGAAUUAACCAAGGCCUGCAGGAGCACGAACGAAGCGUACGGCAUACAAAUUCUCUUCUCUAUGACGAUAUCGUUCGUUUUUAUCACUAGUCUUCUGUACUAUGCUUAUUAUUUUUGGAUGUCCAAUAUCAGCCGCGAGACAUUCCGACAGGAGAUGAUACCUAUCGUCGGCUGGAUUCUAUUCUACGCGUCGAAGGUCCUCGUAUUAAAUCAUAUGUGCGCUUUGGCGAGCAUUGAGGCCGCAAAUACAGGUGACAUAAUCUGCGAAUUGUACGAGCCAUCCACCAGCAAAGAAUUUCGCGCGGAGAUACGAGACUUUACUUUGCAAUUGAUACAAAAUCCGUUGGUCUUUACGGCGUGUGGAUUUUUCAAUCUAAAUCAUACGUUUAUUCAUGGGGUUAUUGGUUCAGUCACUACGUAUCUUGUAAUUCUCAUUCAAGUUGGAGAUAUUGGAGGACCAAAUUCUGGACAAAAUUCCACUGCAGUAAACGAUGAAAAUGUUACUACACUUAAUUCUCUUACAACUUAUGUUUCUUAAUAAAUAUAAAUAUUUUGCACAUG